AUUAAAUAUUCGAUGUGACCGGAGGAAAAGUUUUCGUUUGCAAAGCUAUUUUGCCAUGGUUGGGACGAGCUCAAAAUUCGAACUCCAUUUUGUCACAUGUUGGCAGCAGCUGAAAUAAUUACUCCAUCCAACAGCCGGGGCAGGUGAGAGUUGAGACCAGCCAGCCAGAAAACUUUGGGCAUCGUUCUCUCCUCUGUCAUUGCUGGUCGCCUGGUCCAGAAGUCGAGACCGGAAAGAGACAUGCGUUGCUUGGACUCGGGCCGUGACAGACGUGACGCUUCCCUCCCCUCUUCCCCGGCCCACCCGCCACCACGCCAGCCAGGGGCAGAGCACACGAUGCUGCUGCUGCUCCCACCGUGGAACACGCGCGGUUCCCGAGGCGGAGUAAAUGGAAAGCAGCGACGCCCGUAGGCGGACCGGACGGCUAGACGACGCUCCCCGGCGGGCCCCGCCGUCAAAUCCGCCGCGGUUUGGGCCCCACCUCCCCCGCCUACCCUCGUCACUCUCCCUCCCACUCCCCUUUUCGUAAUUCCUUCCGCGCUUUCCGAGUUUUUUUUUUCCAUUCUUUCUGCUCGCAUCAGUCUCCUCCGGCUCCCGCUCCACACCCCCGCCGCGCCGCCGCCUGUCGCCGGCGAAGCGCGCCGCCGGAGAAGAGGCAAAGAUGGCUGCGGCACCGGCCUUCCAGCCAUUCACCAUACGGGGGUUCGCGGCGGGGAUGCGGGCGGUGGACGCGUCCAAGUGCUGGCCGUUCGGCCGCGGCGGCGGGGAUGGGGAGCCGCCUCCGCCGCUCCCGCCGAUGGAGCCGCCGAAGCGGUCGCGGUGGUGGGCGCACGAGCUGGCGGCGGAGCGGGCGCGGCAGGAGGCCCGCGCGACCGGUACAGAGGAUGCCGGAGGCGGUGUUGCGGGUGGUGGUGGUUCCGGGAAGGGGGCGAAGAGGAAGGGAUCUCGUGGGAGAGUCAGAGCCGAGAGGGCCAGGAAAUGGCGGCGAUCUCUCCAAUUUGGCCUCCUUUCGAAGCGGAAGGUAUGCCAGUGCCUCUGCUUUUCAGGGUCUGUGUGCUGCUUGCUGCUCAAGUGGUGGGCUUCUAGGGUUUAUGAGGGACCUAAGAACAUUCGAAAUGUAUGA